AAAAAAAUUGAAUAUGCACCGAUCCGGCAGCACAAAUCGAGUCCCCGACGAUUAUUUCAGCUACUACACGUCGUCGCCGUCGUCCAAAAUUCCGACGGCUCUAAGAGCGCUGUCGCAGGGCUCCGGCGAGAUUCCGGUCUACGAGCCGCCGUCGGAGGCGGAUAAGAAGGAGAAGGCGCGCGCUAAAUUUGCGGAGACCGCCGUUCAUCUCAUACCUUUAGUGCUGUUCCUGUGUGCCUUCAUUCUCUGGUUUUGUUCUAAUCCAGACAUUGAUGUGAAAGACAAUUCGAUAGCGGCGAAGAUCGAAGGAAUGGAUACGGAAGGGCAUCUUGACAGUGACGGCACAGGACAUUUACCUGUUGAACUCGGGGAUUUGGAUCCGGCUAAGCUAAGAGAAGACAAUUCCUUAUUUUCGCAGAAUAAAUCGUAAUUCAUUUCGAUUUCUUUCAGUUCUUCGGAUGAUCCUUGGUUGGAUUUUUGUUCUGCAAAUGAAUAAACAGAGGCUGAUAAUUAGAUUAGUUUGGAUGAUUUUACAGGGACUUUUAUUUUUAUUAUUAUUA